AUCAUUUGCCGCCACCUCGCCUCCGACGCUUCCGUAAAUAGAGAGGCAGAUUGGAGCCAGAUUUCGUGUGGGGGUGGGGGAUGGAGGGCCCAUUGGGUUGAUGAGUUUCGUGUGCCGUGUACUUGCGCUGGUUGUUGCGUGAUUCGGAGGAGAAAGGACUUUCUGGGCCGAGUUUCUAGUAAUGUGUUUUGGGAGAUUGUCCAGGGAGAGCGACAGUGAGAGAGAGAGUGUUAGGGGGUCGUUGCUGUGCGGGGUCAUCUACAGGUUUGCUGGGCGCUGUUUUGUUGCUGUGCGCGUGUGUGGUAGGGCUGUUCUGGUAAUGCAAUCAUAGAAUAUCCAGGGAACAACAUCUUGUUUACUGCUGCGUAUCGUUCGAGCUCAGCGGGAGUUGGGUAUUAAUCUUGGUGCGUAUUUGUAGGAUCUUGCUCGACUGUCGACUGUUGUGCAUUGUUCAGACAUGGGAACAGCCUAGCGAGGAGUCAUUCUGUAGUUUUUAUAGAGGGGUAAAGAGAGGAACGAAAUUAAAAAAGAUUGAGAAGAAAAAAAUACGAAGGGAGGGGAAGAGGAUAGCCACGGAAGAGGUGAAGUGUUGUGAGAAGUGGGUUCGAAAAGUUGGUGACGGACCUGUGUUGCGUAGGCGCACAGAAUUCCGGACAGUCUUGAUCUUGCCGCACUGCUGAAAGUGGUAUACGUGAGUGCCUUGCUUGCUGGGGAGGAUGAUGUCCUCACCGUCUAAUACGAGCAAGUGGAUGUCGUAUCUGGCUGAAAAUUUGCUGGCGGAGGAGGAGGUUCAGCCUUCUAAUCCGUUUUUCUGGUGCACCACCCAGCAACCCGUUGAGCAAAUCGAUUGCAGUAUCGACAAUGAAUGUUCAAAGGGGGAGUCAGACGUGCCUGAGAAAAGCUGUUCUCGAAAGAGGUCUCGAGAGGAGGGCUCCAGUGGCUCUGGCAAUAAAGCAUGCCGUGAGAAGAUGCGUCGCGACCGCCUCAAUGAUAGGUUCUUGGAUUUAAGUGCGGCAUUGGAACCUGGAAGGCCACCUAAGACUGACAAAGCCACAAUCUUAAGUGAUGCUGUUCGCAUCCUAACUCAGCUUCGUGCUGAGGCUCAAGGGCUUACAGAGUCGAACAAUCAGCUACGAGAAACAAUCAAGGAUUUGAAGAAUGAGAAGAAUGAACUGCGUGAGGAGAAGACUCGACUGAAGGCAGACAAGGAAAGGUUAGAGCAGCAAGUAAAGGCGAUGACUAUUCCCGCCGGAUACAUGCCUCAUCCUGCGGCUUUACAUGCAGCAGUUGCUGCUUUCGCUGCACAGACACAGGCUGCAUCCAAUAAAGCUGCGCAAAUUGCUGGGUAUCCUGGCAUGGCCAUGUGGCAAUGGAUGCCGCCUGCUGCUGUUGACACAUCACAGGAUCAUGUCCUGAGGCCCCCAGUGGCGUAGAGCAAUAUCUUUCAAACUUGUCACCGUUCCUCUCCCAGCCGGUGGUCGAUCUUCUUCCUUUCUUAUAUACACUGUAAUUAGGGGUUGGGUUCAAUAUUCUGGUUUUGGAAACCCGGUGUUUAAAUUUUGACCUCCUCAGCAAACGAGGAAAGGAGCAAAUGCGUGCACUUUGGUCACUGAGCAUCACCAUUUAGAAUGGCACCUGGUGAAUCAUGCGAUCAAGCUGCUAUCUCAUCGGACGUCCCUGUAUUUCACAAUUGAUUUGUCAUUCGAAAGAACGUUGCGUCUUUCCUCUCGGAUCUCUGAAGUGUACAGAAGUUGGGUUUUGGUAAUCCGACCUUUAGGCGGAAGCAAGAGAGACCUGCACGUUGGCAGGGCUGUGAACUACGAUAGAGGUCCUCCCACCUAUUUGGAAUCCCUGCGAUGGGUGAAAGUUUUGGAGGUCCUUACCUCGAGGAGUUGCCUUUCCUUUCCUACCAAAAAACCUCAGGAGUAAAAAAGUGCUUCGAAUUGCCAGAGCCUGACCUGGUCUUUGUAGAUGUCCAGUCUUAAUGAACAUUGUGAAACCUACUUCUCUGUGA